CAGAACUCGGAAGAAGCCAUUGUCCAGUCCAAGUCACAGGGAGCUGACAGCAGCUUCCAAAGAGACUGAGAGGGGAUUUUAGAAUUUCUAAUCAUACAACUUCAAGGUGAAAAGGGGGAACAGAGCGAAAGAUCUUCCAUGCUCGAAGGAACAAUUGCCGUUUCUUUGGACAUUCAAGAUUCUCCCCAGCGGGUGAACCAGUUGCACUGUGCUGCAAUUAUUGCUGCAAAAGGUGAUUUAUGCCGCAAACUCCUCAGUGACCUAACAUUCAAAGAAAUAGAAAGCUUACUGCCUUUCUGCCAGGUUGGUGUCCUGCACGGAAGCGGAUGUCCUCAUGAAUCUCUGCUUACUAUGCCUUUUCAGCUUUCCUUUCAGCUGUGUGAGAAAUCUGAAAUCCUGAAGGAAGACAGCAUCACAUUGAAACAGUUCAUCCAUAGGAUCAGCCUCGUGCACACAACAAUCAAAUUCCAUUACUGUGUAAAAAUUAACGGCAACACCUCUGCUGAGACAUAUAGGUAAGUAAACAUCUACAAAGUUAUACCGGCAGCUGUAGACUAUAUAAUUA